AUAACAAUAUAACAUUGUUUAAUAUCUUAAGCUGUAUUGAUAAAAUAUAAAACAAAUAUGGACGGUUUGCCUUUUAUACCGGGAUUUCGUUUUAAUGACAUAACAAAACAAAAUUUUAAUUUGAGUGCUCAAUUCCGAUGGAAAAACGGAUAUUCCAUUCCCAAAGUUAAAGCAACGGGUAUAGGAAAGAGUACACUCGACGUUGACACCGUCUUGUAUGGUGAAAAAUUUAACAUCACUGGUUACGAUCCAACAUUGACAUAUGGAAAAGCCAAAGACGAUCCAAAACCAACUGAACCACCAUAUUUUGUAAAGUUUGAUAGAAAAUGUCUUUCCUUCAUUGGAUACACCAAAGACACUGUAGAUAACUCACCACUAGUGACGUUUCGAGUGCGCAAAGUUAAAAUUACAUACUUCUUGGUUGAUGACACUAUUGCCAUCGUGGAAUCCGUUGUUAAGGUUAAUUUUUUUCUUUACUACAAUUCCUAAAAUAUUUAAUCCUCAAAUUCUAUAUUCUAGUUACGAAUAGCUAACAAAAUUAUAUGUUUUAACGUACUGUAUAGCCGCUAAACACUGUGUAAACUUAUUAUAUUAUUUAUAUAUAAUAUUAACUAAUAUGAAUUAUUCGUUGUUAGACUUAAAUUAAAUUUUUCCUUUAAAAUAGCCACCACAAUUAUUAGUUGUUAAUGCUGAUUUU